UUUUUUUUUUAUCUCGUGCUCUCUUCUAUGUAUGUAAGUUGUUGAGUAACAUUAGGUAUCUACAUUAUCUUUUGCAUUAUUCACAAUACCUUCCUGACACCUACCUCCUAUUCAAAUUUCAUGUUCCCUUCCUCUUGGACACACGACUUAUAAUAACUUGGAAGAUAAACUAUACAGCUAUACCCAACCUUUGUUCUUUUUUAUCUAUCCCACCCCUCCCCCUCCACGUCAAUCAGAGGAUCGCCAGUUUUUCUUCACUUCCUUUUCACGGUCCACGUGUACCUAUCCUAUCCUACCUCCAACCCCCGCAGACUCGCGCGAACAGACCCAACCCUUAUACUCGUGGUUAGCCUAGUAAGAGGAAGCAUGGUAGUUGAUACGUCAUAUUACGAUGCUUUAGGCGUCAAGCCUACAGCAACAGGCCUUGAAAUCAAGAAAGCCUAUCGCAAGCUCGCCAUCGUUCAUCACCCAGACAAGAACCCAAACGAUCCAUCUGCCCACGAGAAGUUCCAGGCUAUUGGCGAGGCCUACCAAGUAUUAUCCGAUACUGAUCUAAGAAAAGCAUAUGAUAAAUAUGGCAAGGACAGUGCUAAGCCCUCCGAGGGUUUUGUCGACCCUGCCGAGUUCUUUAGUAGUAUAUUUGGCGGUGAUGCUUUCGCUGACUGGAUCGGCGAGAUUAGUCUCAUGAAGGAUCUCACCACAACUAUGGAUAUCACUAUGGCUGGGGAAGAAGAGGGAGCAGGGGAAGUUGACGAGAAGGAAUUUCCAGGAACCGAAGAGGCCAAACGCGAGAGUGUCAAAACUGCCGCGGCCACCGCCACCACACCGCCCGCUGUCGUUGUCGAAGAUGAGCCAGAAAAGCUGGCUAGCGACAACAAGACCCCACCUGGACACCAAUCUAGACAUUCUGACGCCUCUGCCGAGAAGCCUUCUGUGCCCCCACGCGUUCCCUCACCAUCACCCAACGCUUCUGGAACCUCGAUACCCUCCAGGCAUGCGAUCCCUAUCCGGCCUGCGCUUAUGGAUCGCCCGUCAGACGAUGCGCAUGUUUUGGAUCAGACAGAGGAAGAGAAGGAACUUCGCAGAAAGGAGAAGAAGAAGGGUGGAUUAUCCAAGGAGCAGCGCGAACAGCUCGCAGCCUACGAGAAAGAACGUGCCAAAGUCAGACAAGAACGUGUUGAUACACUCGCUCGCAAGCUCAUUGAUCGCAUAUCAGUCUGGACCGAAACGGACAAAGGCUCCGACGUUACGAAAGCGUUCCAAGAAAAGACUCGCCUUGAGGUCGAGAACCUCAAGAUGGAAAGUUUCGGAGUCGAUAUCCUGCAAGCUAUUAGCGCAGUGUACCUAUCGAAAGCCACCGCGCUUCUCAAGUCCCAAAAGUUCCUUGGCAUUGGUGGCUUCUUUAGCCGUAUGAAGGAUAAGGGAACCCUAGUCAAGGAUACUUGGAAUACUAUUUCGUCGGCCAUCGAAGCUCAGCAAACCAUGGAGGAAAUGGCGCGCAUGGAGCUAGCUGGUGGCGAGGAUUGGACUGAUGAGAAGAAGAUGGAGUACGAGCGCCGAGUCACUGGCAAGAUCCUCACUGCCGCAUGGCGUGGCAGCAGGUUUGAGAUUCAGAGCGUAUUGCGCGAAGUUUGUGAUAGCGUACUCCACGACAAGAAAGUGCCUUUGUUCAAGCGACUAGAGCGCGCAGAAGCCCUGAUUAUCAUUGCUGAAAUCCUCCAAAAGGUUCGGAGAUCCCCGGAAGAAGAAGGUGACUACAUGGCCUUCGAGCAGCUGGUAGCCGAGGCUGCCAUCAAGAAGGAGAAGGACUCUAAGAAGAAAGGCAAGGACAAGGAUUCUAGUAAGAGGGCAUCUUAUAUACCCGAAACAGAUGGCGCAUAUCCCGAUAUCCAGCACCAAGAGAAGUCCUGAUCAGGUUUACCCCAUUAGCCCCAGGGGCUCUAUCAAAUCCACCAGACACAGAAGGGUAGACGACUGCAGAUGGUCGAGUUUUCGGGUUUUCCAUGUGAGGCAAACUCAUGACGAGAAGGCUCGUCUAAGCUAGUUAAAGGGCUUAACAUGGAACGAGUGGGUGACUCAAGCUCAAUAGAGUGGAAUCCAAGAUCCAAAAUGCUGGUGAUCUGAGAAAGUAGGAAACUGUGUUGCGUAUAUCACGAUACACGCAAAUUCUAAGGAGAAGGGGGAAGAAAAGAUGGCAAACCAAGACCAUAAAUGGUCGUUAUGGUAUAGACUAGUCGGUAAGGAGACUUCGACCAAGAGAGGUAAGAAAGGCUCUCCUAAUUACAAACGUCUACAUCUCUGUUCAUAUAGAGAUUUAAUGAAACUCACUCCCAAGUAA